UUUUAAUGAUUAAUACAAAUUGGGAAACCCGUAUUUCCAGCGACAGCACCUGCCUGCCAUGGCGCGCGCGCGCCGUUUGGCGGUGACGUUGGACAACUGAAAACUUGCAUGGCGGAUUGGGAUUGCGCUGUACGCUACAGCUGCUGUCAUCCCCUCGCGGGGGCGGACUCCGGCGCACGCGAUGCUGCUCUGCUUCACACACAGAUUACAGCCUGGACCCGUUGAAGAAGUCCCGUUCUUAUCGAUGUAAACGCGGUCGUUUUGCGAGUAUUUCUUCUCCAAAGGUGGCAAGCAAGGACAGUGAGGCUGGCGAGGUGUAGCCCCCACGCCAAGGUUCCCCCUCAUUUCCCGCGUUUGAAGAUGUUAGGACUGAUAAGUUAUGAGCGGGCUGGCGGGAUACGUUGACAUUUUGAUUUACCGUUUGUCCAUUGGCUACUAGGAUUCAACAAAAAGUUCCCUCAAUAUGUAGCUGUUCAAAGCCCAGGCACACCUAAUGCGAAGCACGUGAAGCGGUGAGCAUGUCUGAGCCUGUCGCGUACUGAACCAGCAGUUUACAGUCACAGCAGACCAUGCCUCUGCCAUCGCAAUGCAGAGCCAAGGUGGAGGGUUCGCUCAUCCUCGAUGGAUGCCGCAGCUGGUUUUUGAGAAUGCAGGCACGCUUGAAGCUACUAUGUACACGUAUGAUUAGAUAGUCGUAGCCUAUAGACCAGGAUUUUAUCCCUGAACAGCACAAUAAAUCCAUUCCCUCUCUGCGUGACAGGCAAGAGGGAUUCCCUGAUGAGCGCGGAACGGCCCUCAGUCUAAAUCGUCUCUUAGACACCGGCGCAUUCAACUCCAUACAGAUAUUGUCAUUGGGUCUUUCACUCACUUGUUGACGGGCUAUGGCACUUACAAACGUAUUACACUCAGAUAAUAGCUCUUGCAUCUUUUAAAUUUCAGAAUAACCCUUUUAAAUUUCAGAAUAACCCUACCUGUAAACCUAUCUGUUUACCACAAGCCUGCAGCAUUCUAUUGUGUUGCAUGGGAAAGACGCAACCGUUUUGUGCCCAGGGGCAGGUUGGUGGAGUCUAGUGUUCAGGAUGUUUCACUACAUGGGUUCAAACCCAAAUAGUGUCUGAAAUCCUCCCGUAGGUACACUUGAACAAGAUGUACUUAACCCUAACUGCUCUAUAAUUACUGAUUUAUCUGUAUUCACCAUAAGUCACUUUUGGAUAAAAGUGUGUGCUAAGUAAUGGACAUAAGAUCUAAUAAAACUCGGGUUGAAAUGAGUUCCUCCCAUGUAUGGUAUGUGAAUAAUUCCAUUGCGCAUAAUUGAUGGCAUCCUUGUACCAGUACGGCUCAGAUGUCUGUACAAGAUCCCAUGAGUUAGUGGUUCAGGUGCUGUACCGCUCAUGGGCUGAUGAUGACUUUGUGUAUCUGCCCCCCCAGGACACAUGACAGGUGAGGAGGUUAUCUGUUUCAGGCCAUUGGGAGGCUUUGCAUCGCCCUCCAACCCUACACACAUUAGACACCAAAAUGAUCAAGAUUUAAGCCGUACCCCGGUGAUCUGGAAAGAGAUUUUGCUGGCAGGUGUAGGGGGCAGUAGUGAGCAUGGCUGAGCUGGGCAAGGGCGUGGAGGGCAGCCCCAGCCUGCAGAGGAAGAAACCCCCCUGGCUCCAACUGGACAUCCCCACAAUCCAGCUGACCCCUGAUGAUACUCCCACUGUACCCCAGCAGCCUGCAGGGCGGACUCCCCUGGCAGUGCCGCGUAGCGUCAGCAUGCCAGUGGAGAACCAGACGGGGCUCUCUGCCUGGGAGCCGGCCCCCAACCACUACCUCAGCCCCCCCCAGGAGAGACGGCCCUCCAUCACCCAGACCAUCAAGAGGGGAACGGCCGACUGGUUCGGCGUGAGCCAGGACAGCGACAGCACCCAGCGAUGGAGGAGGAGGAGCCUGCAGCACUGCAGCCAGCUCUAUGGGGGUCUGAAGCCCCAGGUGAUGAGGGACAUGGAGCUGCCCAGCCAAGACAACCUGUCCCUGGCCAGCACUGAGACCCCACCCCCUCUGUACCUCCCCCACCACCACCACCACCACCACCACCAUCACCAGCACCACCAGCACCAUCGCCACCAGCACCUCCAUCACCACCACCUCCACCCCAAUCACCAACACUGUGGCAUGCCGAGGGUGGUGGACCCUCUGGCAAGGGGCCGUGUGUUCCGCAUGACAGACGAGGGGCUGACCGUACCCCAGGGCCCCCCCACCCCGGGCACCGGCUCCCUCUGCUCCUUGUCCAGUUCCCGCUCCGCGCUCAACAGGUUGCCACGGCGACGAAAGCGCGAAUCCGUGGCGGUCAUGAGCCUCAAGGCGGCCGCUGCCAUCAUGAAGGGGCGGACUCUGAAGGGAAGCAAGUCUCGGCCGGGUCGCAGGCAUAGUUUCAUGCCCUCUGGUUUCCUGGACGAGGACACGGUGGACUACGGAGACGAACUGGACGUGUCCUUCUAUACCGGGGAGGGGCUCCCAGACGAGCUGUCCAGCUAUGCUGACGAGGUCUUCGAGACGCCGUCGGAGGCGGAGAUUUACCAGCAGGAGGAGGAGCGGGAGAUCACAGGAAGUGCCCUGGACAAGAGCGAGCUGGAGAGAAGUCACCUGAUGCUGCCCUUGGAGCGCGGCUGGAGGAAGGUGAAGGACAGCUCCCUGGUACAGCCCAAGCUGAGUCUGAUCCAGGAGGUGGUGGGCGCCAGCGGGCAGCAGCAGCAGCAGCAGCAGCAGCGCGGCCAGCGCAUCGUGGUGCCCGUGAGGAAGCUGUUUGCGCGGGAGAAGCGGCCCUACGGCCUGGGCAUCGUGGGCCGCCUCACCAACCGCUCGUACCGCAAGCGCAUCGACAGCAACGUCCAGAGGCAGAUAGAGGACAUGGACGACCACAGGCCCUAUUUCACCUACUGGAUCACAUUUGUCCACCUGCUCAUCACCACCCUGGCGGUGGCGAUCCACGGCAUCGCCCCCGUUGGCUUCUCCCAGCAUGAAACCGUGGACUCGGUCCUCAGAAAUAAAGGAGUUUACGAGAACGUCAAGUUCGUGCAGCAGGAGAAUUUCUGGGUCGGCCCGAGUUCGGAGGCGCUGAUCCACCUGGGAGCCAAGUUCUCCCCGUGCAUGCGUCAGGACAAGGAGGUCCACCAGCUGAUCCAGGAGAAGAGGGCCCGGGAGCGGGGCUCGGGCUGCUGCGUCAGGAACGACCGCUCGGGCUGCCUGCAGACCCCCCAGGACGAGUGCUCGACCACGCUGGCGGUGUGGGUGAAGUGGCCUCAGCACAGCAGCGCCCCCUCCCUGAACGGAUCACCACGGCAACACGGAGCAGUCUGCCACCAAGACCCCAGAAUGUGCCUGGAGCCGGCCUCCGUCUCCCCUCACGAGUGGCCUGAUGACAUCACCAAGUGGCCGGUGUGCACACGGUACGACUCUGGGAACCACACCAACCUCGCCCACAUCGAUUGUGCCAUCACAGGCAGGCCCUGUUGCAUCGGCACCAAGGGGCGGUGUGAAAUCACCUCCAGAGAAUACUGCGACUUCAUGAGGGGCUAUUUCCACGAGGAGGCUACUCUCUGCUCACAGGUUGCCUGUAUGGAUGAUGUGUGUGGCCUGCUGCCAUUCCUCAACCCUGACAUCCCUGAUCAGUUCUACCGGCUGUGGCUCUCUCUCUUCCUCCAUGCUGGGAUCCUCCACUGCCUGGUGUCGGUGGUGUUCCAGAUGACGGUGCUGCGGGACCUGGAGAAGCUGACGGGCUGGCUCCGGAUCUCCAUCAUCUACAUCGUCAGCGGCAUCACCGGCAACCUGGCCUCCGCCAUCUUCCUGCCCUACCGGGCCGAGGUGGGCCCAGCAGGCAGUCAGUUUGGUAUCCUGGCCUGUCUGUUUGUGGAGCUGCUGCAGAGCUGGCCGAUCCUCGAGCGGCCGUGGAGGGCCUUCUCCAAGCUGCUGGCCAUCGCCGUGUUCCUCUUCUCCUUCGGCCUCUUGCCCUGGAUUGACAACUUCGCCCACGUCUGCGGCUUCGUCUCCGGAUUCUUCCUGUCCUUCGCCUUCCUGCCCUACAUCAGCUUCGGCCGGUCGGACACCUACCGCAAGCGGGUGCAGAUCUGCGCCUUCCUGCUGGUCUUCGUGGGCCUGUUCUCCGCCUUCGCCGUCCUCUUCUAUGUCUACCCCAUCAAGUGCGACUGGUGCGAGUUCCUCACCUGCAUCCCCAUCACCGACAAGUUCUGUGAGAAGUACGACCUCAACGCCCACCUGCACUGAGAAUGGCCCAGUUGUGGGGGGGGGGCUAGCCGCCAUUUUCUCCACCGAUUUGUUGGACGUUGAAUUGGAGUAUUCACCCUGCCGUCUGGGGUCAACUGCCUUCGAUACGGAGAAAGAAUGAACACCUGGGAUGACUUGACGGUACUAUAGCGUAACAUAACAGUAUACAUGUAUGGGGGUUCGAACACGCAUGGAAAUGCAAAUGGCUUGACUGAAUACAUGAGAGUGUACAAAUGUCGAUGAACAACCAAUGAAUGAUGUGUGUGAGUGACCGGUCACCUAUCACAGCCGAGGGACGUGUAUGACAAUGACUUAAGGGCGCCCUCUGGUGGCAGAUAGAGAAACAUCCCAACCUAUGACCCAUGUUGUCAUCGGGGCUUCAUAUCAACAGGUUAUGAGACUGUACAAUGCCAAACUGUGCCUUUUGUUUGAGGCACGAACAUGCACAGAAAUAAACAGGGAGGCUACUGUCAGUAAAGCCAAACGGAGGAAGGAACAAGCACAUACACGGCAUGCGUUUGUUAUUGCUCCCACAUGUCAACCACACAAAUAUGCACUUAUUACGACACACAAACACAACACACACGUGAGUGUUCCCUGAUCACACAGUGGUCAAUUAACAUAUUUAGCCUUAGAAUUGUGGUUUUAUCCAGGCUUAAUAAUAGCAUAAGUGAGGUGUAACUGUGAACACAAUAAUGUACGUUGAGUACAACAAUUAUGGUAGGCCUACAACAUUUCUGUCCAGAGUAAACAUUUCAAGGUAGCUAUUUACAUAUGCUACACAGACCAAUCACGAUGCCAAACAGAGCCUACAGAGCACAUUUUCACAAGUUUCAGGACUGCAUGAAAACACUUUUAAACACCUAUUGUACUUGUAACGAGAGCACUUGUCAAGAAAAUUAUUUUACAUUUUUUAUGGUUUCUUGUGGAAUGUUGUUGAUGUAUGAACGUGUUUCUGUGUUCUAUAAGAUGCCGUUUUAGCCAUUCUUGGGACUAAAUACAAACGCAAUGGCCGAAAGAAAUCAAGUUCUAAAUGCUCUUCAUUUGUUGCCUUGGCUUGUUCUUGUUUUUUUUUCUACUUUUGCCAUGAACGUUUUGCCUUCAGACCAGACCAUGUCCAAUGGACUGUCCUUAUUAAUUAAGGAGGGAGGAUAGCUAGGCCUAGUGAGACUGUUUCACUCCCUGACGAGAUGAAAUGCCUAAUGCCUAACCCCUACCUCCAGCUUAAUGAACUCAAUGACCUAUGUCCUAUUCAACACUGUACGUGAAGUUUCUUCUCAACCUGUAAAUGGUAAAAAAAAUAAUGUUCGAGGUAAUGCAAAAUCUUAAAAUCAUGAAUCAUUUGUAAACACGUUCAUCUGCGUGAACGUUGGAAUAUUUUGCUUUAGCCGCCAAUAGGUGGCAGCCUUACGCAAAUUACUGAGGCCCCGUAAAGAAAAUACCUCGCAAGAGCCUGGUCUUGUAAAUGAGCGUUUCAAACGGUUUCAAUGUUUCAACCUUGAAGCACAAAGCAACGUCGUUCCCUCAUUAAUUCAAGCAGGAGACUUAUUUAUUACCGCGCAGAACUCUUAAAGGUGCCCCAAAUGAUCCCUCUCUUUUGUUUUCAUCGGGUCGGUUCAUUCAACACCCCCCCCAACCCUCCUUGA